AUGAACUGCAGCAACAUCAGCAGUUGUGCGGCAUGCCGAGGACAGGGUGCAGAGUGGCCGACGCUUCCACUCUGCAACAAGUUCAUCUGCCCGUUGCUGCCCAUGCAUAUCCUGAUCCCCGUAACAGCUGUGUGCCUGGCGCUGCUGGUGCUCGGUGUGGCAGGCAACGUUCUGACUGUGCUGGUGAUGGGCCGCUGCCGAGAGCUCCGCAACACCACCAGCCUCUACCUGGGCAGCCUGGCUGUCUCUGACUUGCUGCUGUUGCUGCUUGUGCUGCCUCUUGACUUGUACCGUCUGUGGCGCUCACGGCCGUGGGUGCUGGGCACGGUGCUCUGCAGCAUGUGGCACUGGUCGGGUGAGGCUUGCGCUUACUGCUCCGUCCUGCACUUAACGGCUCUCACAGCGGAGCGCUACCUUGCCAUCUGUUUCCCGCUGCGAGCCAAAGUGUUGGUGACCCGAUGCCGUGUCAAGGCACUGCUGGUGGUGCUCUGGGCAGUGGCACUCCUCUCUGCGGCACCUUUUCUCUUCCUGGUAGGCGUCCAGCAGGUGGGCAACAACUCCGAUGAUGAUAGCUUCAGCCGUGAGUGCGGUCCCACGGCACACGCCCGUCAGUCAGGGUUGCUGAGUACCAUGCUCUGGAUCACCACAAGCUACUUCGUGCUGCCCUUCCUCUGCCUCUAUGUCCUCUAUAGUUUCAUUAUCAGGGAGCUUCUGCAUGGGAAGAAGACAUACCUUGGCGGAGCAUCACAUCGGAGCCACCGGCAGACAGUGCGCAUGCUGGUUGUGCUGGUUCUGGCUUUCGUCAUUUGCUGGCUGCCCUUCCACAUCGGCAGAAUCAUAUACAUCAACUCUGAGGAUACCAGGAUGAUGCAUUUCUCCCAAUAUUUCAAUAUUUUUGCACUGCAACUUUUCUACUUGAGCGCAUCUAUCAACCCAAUCCUUUACAAUCUCAUCUCCAAGAAGUACAGGGCGGCAGCUUAUAAGCUCUUGAUGGCCAUGAGAGCUGGAGAAAGGGCUUCUACUCUUAUCAGAGAAACUGCUGGCUACACAGAGACUACCAGCAGCCUAAGAAAUGGGAAUGUUGCCUAUUUGUGA